AUGGUAUAUGCGUUCUGCAAUACACAUGAUGUCUCUUGGGGUACAAAAGGUGAUAAUGGUGGUGGAAAUGGCGCAAAUGCAACAAUCGUAGCUGGUAAAGAUGGUAAGAAGUUGAUGCAAGUAGAAGUGCCACACGAACGCGAAGAUAUUAAUGCAAAUUAUGAUAGUUUAGUCAAAGAUUUAAGAGUCAAAGUCAAAGAAGUAAAACAAAGGAGAGAUGCUGCAACAAAAAAAGAAGAUUAUUAUAAAUUAUUUAGAACUAAUUUGGUUUUGUCUUGGAUGUUUUCCAAUGCUUUCCUAGUGGUCUUUUUCACAUCAGCUACUUGGAAUAAUUAUAUUAGGGAUAAAUCUAAUGCAAAUGUAAGUUAUAAUCCUUACUUGACAGGUAUAUUUUGGUCUGUUGCUGGUUUAUCAGCUUUUGCAGACUAA